AUGUACAAUGGCUUCCUAUACGGAUUGGUGUAUCUUUUCAAUGAGGCAAUCCCUCUGUUUUUCGGCGCCCCGAAUGGACACCCAUUCAAUACCGGUGAACAGGGACUUGCCUUCCUGGGAAUGGCUAUUGGACCGUUGAUUGCAUUCUGUUUUUACCCACUUCAAGAACGAUAUUAUCUGCGCCGUGUUGCCGAGAAUGGUGGCAAAGGUGUUCCAGAGGCGCGGAUGUGGAUGGCCCGUGGGGGUGCGAUUCUCAUUCCCAUCAGUCUAUUCUGGUUUGGGUGGACAAGUUAUCGGUCGGUCCACUGGGUUGUACCAAUCAUCGCCUCGUCAUUCUUUGGCGCCGGAAUCUAUAUUGUGAUUCUGAGUAUUCUGAACUACGUUGUGGAUAGUUAUCAAACAUACUCCGCUUCGGCUCUUGCUGGUGUCAUUCUGGCGCGCAAUGUUGUCGGUGCUGGGUUCCCAUUAUUUGCCACCCAGAUGUAUGAGAAACUGGACUAUGAAUGGGCUUCCUGUCUUUUAGGGUUCAUCUCCAUUCUCCUUGUGCCGAUUCCAUUCAUUUUUUUCUACAGGGGAAGAUCCAUUCGCCUACGCAGCCCCUGGGCGAGGGAGCACUUUGAACAAAACGAAGACAGCCCGCAUUAA